GGAUGGCUCAGGGGUCAACCCUUGUCUAGCAGGCCUGAGGCCCUGGAUUCCACCCCUGCACCUCAAAACCAAAAAGCUCCCCACACAACAAUAAUUCCCAAACAGUGGAGUGGAAAGAAGAGGAAGGGGAGGGUGAACGAGCGAGAAUUCCCAAAUGGCCCCCACUUGGGGGUCGUGCCCACCGGCCCAGGAAGGCCCCCCCAGCUGUAGGUUGCAGACAGAGCUGGCCACCGGACCUGCAGCUUGUGUGGUCACAUGGCCUCCCCCAGAAAAGUCCCUAAAACUCUGCUGCCACCAACUCACAAUUCCGAAUAACUUCCUUUCUAAAGAAUAUAUAUAACCUGAUAUUCGCCAGUUUAACUCUUGUACAUUCUUGUUGUUGGUCCAUUUUGGCUGCUGGACUGGAACCCAGGGCCAUGCACCUGCCGGGCCAGGGCUCUACCACCCAGCUGCCUCCCCAGCCCCCACUUUAACCAUACAGUUCCGUGACGUGGAACACGGUCACAUUGCUGUGCAGCUGUCCCCACAUUCAUGCCCCAUCCUGUCCUCGCCUGGGCCCUGGCCGUCUUAGCCCAUUUUCUGUUUCUGUAAAGGUGCUACUCUAGGUGCCUCCUGAGUGGCCUCACGCAGUAGCUGUCCUUUGGCAUCUGGCUGAUUUCACAUCAUGUCACGUCCUCAAGGUUCGCGCAUGUGGCAGCGUGUAGCAGCAUUUCCUCCCUUGUUAGGGCAGAAAAAUACUUCCUUGUAUGCACGCCCCACAUUUUCUCCAUCCAGUCGUUCCUCCUUGGUGGCCUGGGUGGCUUCCGCCCCCUGGCUACUGUAGGAAUACUAGUAUUUCGAACAGGAGACCCUCCUGUCCGUCUUGCACAGGGCCCUGCCUAGCAUGGAGCUGGUCCUGGGUGCUAGCCUCCUCUAUCACUGUCAUAGAACUUGCCACGAUCAUUGACUAUCUCUUGAAGAGGUGCCAAAACUUCUUAUGACUGUUCCCUUCAGGAAGGAAAAACAUGUGACCAGCCUUUUCUCUCUUUUGAUACCAGGGAUUAAACCUAGGGGCUCUUAACCACAGAGGCACAUCACUGGCCUUUUUUAUAUUUUAUUUUGAGAUAGGGUAUUGCUGAGUUGCUUAGGGCCUCGCUUAGUUGCUGAUGCUGGAUUUGAACUUGCAAUUCUCCUGCCUCAGCCUCUGGAGUCACUGGGAUCACAGGCGUGCACCACUGUGCCCAGCCUCUAAUGUAAUAUUCUGGUCAAAGAAUGUUCCUCUCAGGACCAGGAUAGGAGGAUUACCUCACCGAGGGCCCUAGCUUGGAGGAGCAGGUGCUUUGGACAAAUGUAGGAUUUCCGGCAGGAGAGUCCCCGAGUGAGCAGAGGGUGCCUGAGGCAGGGGCCAAGAAACAAAGUUCCCGGGGCUGCCUGUUGGGCCGCUCGCCUCCUCGCGAAGGCCAUGGCUUCCAAGCUCCUGCGUGCGGUCAUCCUAGGGCCGCCUGGCUCUGGCAAGGGCACCGUGUGCCAGAGGAUCGCCCAGAACUUUGGCCUCCAGCAUCUCUCCAGUGGCCACUUCUUGUGGGAGAACCUCAAAGCCAACACGGAAGUUGGCGAAAUGGCAAGGCAGUACCUGGAGAAAGGUCUUUUGGUUCCAGAUCACGUGAUCACACGCCUAAUGGUGUCAGAGCUGGAGCUCAGGAGCGGCCAACACUGGCUACUGGAUGGUUUUCCAAGGACAAUAGUACAGGAUGAAGCCCUCGACAAAAUCUGUGACCUGGAUCUAGUGAUCAGUUUGAACAUUCCAUUUGAAACACUUAAAGAUCGUCUCAGUCGACGUUGGAUUCACCCUCCUAGUGGAAGAGUCUAUAAUUUGGACUUCAACCCACCUCAUGUGCAUGGAAUUGAUGACAUCACUGGUGAGCCACUGGUCCAGCAGGAGGAUGAUAAGCCUGAAGCAGUUGCUGCCAGGCUAAGACGGUAUAAAGAUGCAGCCAAACCAGUCAUCGAACUAUACAAGAGUCGAGGAGUGCUCCUCCAAUUUUCUGGGACGGAGACAAACAAAAUCUGGCCUUACGUUUACACACUGUUCUCCAACAAGAUCACACCUAUUCAGUCCAAAGAAGCCUACUGAGCCUGACCCAUGAAAGAACCAAGAAGAUGUGGUCGUACAUUCAAUCGUGUGUAUAGCAUUGAUGCCAUGUCCAAAUUAGAAGUCAGCUGAGAUAGCUUACAGCAUCUUUUCUGUGUAAAUGGUGAACUGAUAGGAAAACUAGUAAAUAGAAAGGGCUCAUGAAGAGGCCCUCCUCUGUCUUUCAAAAGAAGGCAAUUCUGGACCUGUCAAGCCCUUCACAAGCAAGCCAGUGCAGGCUGGAUUUCAGGUGUCUAACCUACACUCUAGUUGGGUUUGGACAGCCAAGUUGUUGCUUUAAUAGCCUCUUUUUGCUUGUGAUGACGGUGGUCUCUGGUUCUCCCCACCCUUCCAAGGCUGUAUUGAAACACAGAACCAGUAAACACGAGAAUGCAGAGGACUCUAGUCUUGGCUUUGCCACAGUUCUCUGCUUUGUGCCCCCUCGUAACAGUGGAAUUGAAGCUUAUUGCUCUCAGUGGUUGCUUAUCUUGAGUGACUGUGUUCACAAUUCAUUUUUUUUUUCCUGCUAAGAGUAACGCCUUUCAUCCAUGCUCCACAGUGUCCCUCCUUUGCAGACAUCCUGGAAUGAAAGGAUUUGUUUUCUUACAUCUGUUUUCUCUCAUCUUAGGAUAUUAAAUAGAGGCUAUUAAAUAACACAGAUAGUUGCUGCA